CCACCCCCCGUAUUACCCUUCUCUUUUGCGAGCCUCCUCACUGGUUGGUCGUCGGGCCACAGGUAAAUCACGUGGAAAAUAUCAUCCCCCCGCACUUCGCCUGAGGCAGGAUCAACAGCAACGAAUCUCGGGGAGGAUCGUGAUUCACGGUUGUUGACUAUUUGAAGAUUGAAACAGGUGCUGAAGCACGUAUCCACUCCGAUGGCCGAGUCAGCAGAAACCUGGAAUGAAGUCCCCCUCGCGCCGCCGGACAGCAUCUUCAAGCUGACCGCGGCGUACAAGUCGGAUCCGUUCCCGCAGAAGGUCAACUUGGGCGUUGGAGCGUACCGAGAUGACGAUAACAAGCCGUGGGUGCUCCCCGUCGUGAAGAAGGCUACGCAACUGCUCGUGAACGAUCCUACGCUCGACCACGAGUACCUCCCGAUCACCGGUCUCCCCGAAUUCACGUCUGCGGCUGCCAAGCUCAUCCUCGGCGCGGACUCGCCGGCCAUCGCGGAAGGCCGGGUGAGCAGCGUGCAGACCAUCUCCGGGACGGGCGCGAACCAUCUCGGCGCGCUCUUCCUCAGCCGGUUCUACCACUGGGACGGCCCCAAGCGCGUUUACCUGAGCAAUCCGACGUGGGUCAACCACUUCCAGAUCUUCCGCAACGUGGGCGUCGAGCCGGUCGAGUACCCGUACUACGACCCGAAGACGAUCGGGCUCGACUUUGACGGCUUCGUGGGCAGCUUGCGAUCGGCGCCGGCGCGCUCGGUGUUCCUGUUGCACGCGUGCGCGCAUAACCCGACGGGCGUGGAUCCUACGGCGGAGCAGUGGAAGACGAUCGCGGACGUGAUAUUGGAGAAGAAGCAUUACGCGUUUUUCGACUGCGCGUACCAGGGGUUCGCGAGCGGGGAUUUGGAUAGGGACGCGUCGGCGGUGAGGUAUUUCGUUCAGCGCGGCGUGCCGCUGCUCGUGUGCCAGAGCUUCGCGAAGAACGCCGGGUUGUACGGCGAACGGGUCGGCGCGCUGCACGUCGUGGGUCCGACCAAGGAGGCGGCAGACCGCGUGAAGAGCCAGCUGUCCGUGCUGCAGCGUAGCGAGAUUAGCAACCCCCCGUCACAUGGGGCUCGCAUCAUGGCGCUGAUCAUGAACGACCCGGAGCUGUUUGAAGAGUGGAAGCGCGACAUCAAGACGAUGGCGGGGCGCAUCAUCGACAUGCGCCGGCAGCUCCACAGGCUGUUGACGGAGGAGCUGAAGACGCCUGGUAACUGGGACCACAUCAUUAAUCAGAUUGGGAUGUUCAGUUUCACCGGCAUCAGCCCUGAUCAGUCCAAGGCUCUCACGGAACGCGCGCAUAUCUAUCUGACGCCCAACGGCCGUAUCUCGAUGGCAGGCCUGAACAGCAAGAACAUCCGUUACUUUGCGGAGAACCUCGACAAGGCGGUCCGUGGAGAGCUGUAGACCAGUGGUAGCAAUUAUACAUAGUUAGACUCAGGCCCACGUAGCCAUUAGACCCGCCCAACGUGUAACUCGGAAUAGACUCGCCAGACUCUGAUAUCCCCGC